CCACUAGGCUAAUUAAUAAAAUGGAGUUUAUCAGGAUUUUCUUUCUCUUUUCUUUCUUCACACUGACACUCUCUCAAUCCUCCAUAUAUGAUGAAAUGUUCCAUCCGGCAGAUGAGUACAGUUUCCCUCAGUUACCUGGUUAUGAUUAUCAUGAAUUAGGACCUUAUAUUGACCAGAGGACACUCACUGUACAUCAUAAGAAACACCAUCAGGGAUACACUGUUAAGAUGAAUCAGGCACUGAAGGAUUGGAGGAAACAAGAACCUCAAAAUGAUUUAGCAAGGUCUUCAAUUAUCAACAUACUACAAAACCUUGAGAGGGUUCCUGAUAAGUGGCGUACAACUCUUCAGAAUAAUGCUGGAGGGUAUGUCAAUCACAUUUAUUACUGGGUCACAAUGUGUCCGAAACCUGGAGAUAUUCCUAAAGCUCUUUUGAAAAAGAUUGAAGCUAGCUUCCCAGCUGGGAUGUCAGAAUUUAAGAACAGUUUUACCACUGCUAGUCUCUCUUUAUUUGGAUCAGGCUAUGUAUGGCUUGUGACAGAUGAUGAAGGAAGCAUCAGUAUAAUCUCAACAAAAAACCAG